AGUGCCUGUUUAAGAAAGCACUUCCCACAGUCAGAGGAAGCACUUUGGAACGUGUACAAUUAUUUAGGGUGUUUGCUGCUCAGCUCAGUAAAGGAAUUUUUAGAUUACGCUCUAAUCAAUUUUGAAAAGAACUUGAAGGUCAAUACAAAAUCAAGCACCUUCCAUUCCAGCAACGAGCAAAGAACUUCAGCUAGAAUCCAAAGGAAAACCAUGGGAAUACUAUAUUCACAGCCCAUUUGUCAGGCAGCUUAUAAUAAUGACUUAAAUGAACUUCAGCUCCUGUUGGAGGAAGAUGGCAAUAAUCUGAACAUCCAGGACAGCUUUGGCGGAGACACGCCCUUAAUCUGUGCCUGCAAACAGGGACACAACAGAAUAGUCAGUUACCUUCUGAAAAGAAAUGCUGAUGUGAACAUCAAGAAUAAGAAAGAGCGGACAUGUUUGCAUUAUGCUGUCAGAAAACGAUUCAGCUUCCUUGACUACCUGCUCAUUAUCAUUCUUAUGCCAGUUAUGCUUAUUGGGUAUCUCCUCAUGGUAUCCAGAACUAAGCAGAAUGAAAAUCUCAUCAAGCUGUUACUUAGAGCUGGUGCUAAUGUUAAUGCUACAGAUAAUUUAGGAAGGACACCUCUCCACUAUGCCUGUGAAAUGAAGAAUGAGUCCAUCAUUCCUCUACUACUUGAAGCAGGUGGUGAUCCUUCCAUAACAGAUACGGAAGGAGAGACUCCAUUGGAUAUAGUACAAAGAUUAAAGUUCAACAACAUAGAAUACAUAUUAAAGAAGGAAUCCUAGACUAUUAUGGGAUGUUCUCAAGAAGGUUAUGAAGAAAGAUUAUGUGCUUGGGCAAUUCAUUCAAAUCAGUGCCAUUGGCUUGACCUAUUGUUUACAAUUGGCUUGACCUGUUGUUUACAGCAGCAGUGGGGUUUAGGUAACAUAACUGUAGUGAACCUAUGUUGAACCUGCUACUGUGUUCACAUCACAUUGAUAAGUGAUAUGAUUUUACCAGAAGGACAUGAUCAGUUUUGUAAACACUUAAACAAUUGCAACAACUCUUUGAACAAUUAAAUGGCACCCUUGAUUUUGAUCUUCUUUUUAUUUCCAAGCAUGGUGCUUGUAAGUGUAUGAGCCACAGUAUUUAUUUGAUAUGUAAAAGGUAAAGUGUGUCAUCGAUUCGAUGUUGAUUCCUGGUGAUGACAGAGCCCUGUGGUUAUUUUUGGUAGAAUACAGAAGGGGUUUACCAUUGCCAUCUCCCGUACAGUAUGAGAUGAUGCCUAUCAGCAUCUUCCUAUAUCGCUGCUGCCUGAUAUAGGUGUUUCCCAUAGUC